AUGGCGAAUUCAGCGAAAACUAGAAAGAAGAAUGUACCAAAAAAAAGGCUCCUCAACACCGCUUCCGACGUUAUUGUUCUUCCACAGGCUGCAGAGCAAGACGAUGUUGAUUCCAGCAGUGAUUCAGAUGUGCCGGUCCGAAAAAUUGCUGCUGGUCCCAGUUUCGAUAGUUCCUCCUCUGACAGUGACAGCGAAUUCGAGGGAAUGACUGCUCAGGAAAUUUUGGCCACAAUUCCUAAAAAGAAACGAAUCGUCACCAUUCCAACGUCUCUAAGCGGUUGCCCCCUUCAACAUCGUAUCAAAGUCGAGCCCCAUUAUCGCCGACAACUCGAACUCAGCGGCAUUGAAUUCGACAGAAAUUUCUUCUCAUUCACAAAAGAAGAAGACGAUAAAAUCCGCGAAAACUGGAGGGAAUUCUCGAGAAAACGCAAAAUCACUGGACACAUCUUCGACUUUUUGGGAUUGGAUAAAAACGGGAUGAAGCAGGAAAUCGAUGUUCAAUCUAAUCUCACAGUUAAAGUGAAAAUCUGGCCAGCGCUGUGUAAAGGACUCGAAAAUCGAUAUGCGAAGACUGUGAGACAACGAGUUUCGUAUAUUUUUCAUCCGUAUUUUCGCGAAGAGCAAGAUUACGAUAUGCUGGAAGUUGAGAGACGUCUCGACGCCGACGAAACAAUGGCUGAAAUCUCGGAAUCUAUGAAGAUCCCACCGCGCUUCUUGGACAGAAAAUACGCAAAAAGAGGGCCACCCAAAGAAAAAAUGUUGUCCCAAAAUCAACGAAUCCAUAUGCUGAAAUUGCUCUACGAGUCGAUUAUCGAUAAUGGAGAUCACAAGUUUUUGUCGAGGAAUUUCGAUUGGAAGUUGUUCAGAAAUAAAUGCCGCGAGAAGUCAAUCGAUCCACCGCCAAAUGCUAGAACGGUCAAUGAAACGUUUCGAAGAAAGUUCGAUCGCGUCGAGCAGAAGAUUUUCAGACAUUUGGAGCCAGCGCCAACGCUCAAACAGAAGCUCAUGUAUGUCCAUGAGGCAUAUCUUCGAUUUCAUUUUAAAGUCACUCCGCAUAGAAGGAGGGGCGAUGCACUCGUCAUUCAACUCGACACGCUGUUUACCGUAGUCUUCGAGGACUACAAUCUCGACAAACGCUGGGAUCCACCGCCGGCACUUUUAGCCCUGGUGAAGGAGAAAAAAAUAGAUUUGGACAAGAUUCGUUCGAGAUUGGAGAAUGUGAAAGAGCAUGAGAAGAGAGUGAGUGAGACGCCGACACCGAAGGGGCGAUUCCACGUGGUUGUGAAGCGAGCGAUAAAGCUGGAAGAGUUGGGAACUCCGGAGAGAUCCAGAGAAUCCACACUGGACGAGAGAUUGGAGAUCUCAUCUAUUCAUAAGCAAUCAUCCAGAGCUUCCUCGGUUGCUGCAUCGGUUGAUCCUUUCGCGGAUGAUCAUGAUGAUCCACUGACAGAAUUCGAAAUGUCUUCUACAAUGAACACCACCGCUUCAUUCGUUGCCAAUCGAAAUGAGACGAUUCUGGCGGGCGGUGGUGCUGGAAUCGAAGGAUCCGAUGCCUUAAAUGACACAUCACUAGGCGGAUCGAUCUUGAAUCAAUCAGCAGCGAGUCAGAAGAAGGCGGCUGAUGAGACAGUUCAAUUGGAUAUGUCACAGGAUAUUUGGUCGCAGCUUGUUGGAUAA